AUGAAGAUGAGGAGUGGUAAAAACCUUGAUGAGCAAAAUGAUGAUAAUAGAAAUGAAGUUCAGUCACCAGUCAACAUGAAGGAAGAAAAACUAAUGAACAGAGUUUACUACACGGUUUUUAUUUCCCUGAUUCUUGAUCUCUUAGCAUUUACAGUUAUUCUACCAUUGUUACCGUCUUUGCUGGAUCAUUACAGCCAAAAUGAUGAGUCAGGUUUGUACUCAGCACUAAAAAAUAGUGUGUCCAGUUUUCGCAGUUUUGUAGGAGCUCCUGAUACACCACGAUGGAAUUCUGUUUUGUUUGGAG